AUGAGUCUUUCACCCAUUGAGAAGGCGGCAUCAGGUGCUUUGGCAUCAGCUGUCGCCAAUACGCUUGUUUACCCCAUAGAUCUCUCCAAAACAAUUAUCCAAACGCAGGUUAAAAAUGAAAACAACAAGGAGUUGGAGUAUAAAACUACUCUUGACGUUCUUAAAAAAAUAUACGAGAAAAAGGGAAUUAUUGGAUGGUACCAAGGCCUCCUCUCUACUGUGGUUGGAACUGCUGCCCAAAAUUUCAGUUACUUUUACUGGUACACGAUUGUCAAGAAGGUGUAUGCUAAUUUGUACAAGAACAUUCCCAACCACAAACCAACCACAUUGACUGAACUAUUCCUCGGUGCUGUUGCUGCGGCUAUCAGUCAAUGUUUUACAAUGCCGAUUGGUGUUGUAACGACUCAACAACAAACUGAUAAACAUCAUAGAAGCGCUUUGCAAUUGGUCAAGGAAAUCUUGAGAGAAGAUGGUAUAACUGGUUUAUGGAGAGGUUUGAGGGUGUCAUUGGUUUUGUGUAUCAACCCAUCAAUUACCUAUGGUUCAUAUGAAAGGUUGAAGGAAAUAAUCUAUGGAGGUAAACAAUUUUUGAAUCCUUUGGAAAGUUUUUCAUUGGGAGUUUUGGCCAAGAGUUUGGCCACUAUUGCCACUCAGCCACUUAUUGUCAGUAAGGCAUUAUUACAAAAGAGUAAAGGCAAGGGCCAUAAGAAGAACGAGUUUGGUGAAUAUGAAGAUGAAAAAGAAGAUAUCAAGUUUGAUCAUUUUACGCACGCUUUAGCUCAUUUAUGGAAGACUGAAAAGUUUAAAGGGUUGUACAAGGGAAUUCGUCCACAAUUGUUAAAGGGGGUUUUCGUUCAAGGUUUGUUAUUUAUGUUUAAAGACCAAAUUGAUUUGUUGUUUUUGUUCCUCUUGUCAUUGAUCAAGAGAAAGAGAAUCGGAAGUGUUUAG